GACCAAAUAUAAAGAAGAAAAUAUGAACAUCUACAACAUGAAACAAAUAUAUUAUGAAAACAUAUUUUAUGGUGAAUCUACUAAUAUUGAUCUGGUAUCGUAGAUGUUCAUAUUUUUUUCAAGAACAUUGGUCAAACUUAGAGGAUGUUGACUUUUGACUAAAUUUAUAUGGCUUAUUCAUUGGAACGGAGAGAGUAUGAGUUAGAAAGGGGCUCAUUCUUAUGGCAGGAGGUAUUCUCAAGCCCCACCGUUGUAUUGGAGCCCCUAAGUUAAGAGGACCCUCCAAAGCCUAAGCAGGCCUUUAUGAACUGGCAUUUUUAAACAUUUGAUUUUAAACUUCUUAGUUCAUCUUACCCGCCCGUAUCAACAGAAAUUCUACAUGUACUUUUUUUUUUCUCAUACUGGAGUUUCUAUACAGCUUGGGAUAUUCUCAUUGUAAUGUUUUUGGGAGGAACAAGAAGUUGAAUCUCUUACUAAGGGGGGGCCAAAUAGAUUCGCUUUGUCAUUUAAGCUACACUGGCCCUUGGAUUGACGGUGACAAUAAGAGGACGUCCAGAACUGUCAUGGUUCAGAGCUCUUCAACUCCUGGAACAGUUAUCCAUGGUGGGGACCAUCCAGAUCAUGGGCCUAUUACAAUAGGACGGGUAACUGCUGGCAUCGAAUAUAGUCGACCAUUAAGGCCUAAAUGGAGUGGUACAUUUGGAUUCAUAUUUCAGCAUGCUGGUGCUCGUGAUAAAGAAGGCAACCCUGUGAUGGGAGAUGUCAAUAACAACCAGUUAACUGUCAGCGGAGAUCCUUAUGACUACACAUUACUGGCUAAGCUUGGAGGUGUCUACAGAGACUCUGGAGAUCAUAGCUCUACAAUGUUUGUUUUUAAUGCCGAACAAGGUCUGCCCAUUCUUCCACAAUGGCUUAGAUUCAACAGAGUGACAGCACACUUGAAGCAGGGUUAUGAAAUUGGUCCUGCCCGACUUAUGCUAAGCGCUUCUGGCGGUCACGUGGAGGGAAACUUUUCCCCUCAUGAAGCAUUUUCAAUUGGUGGGACAAACAGUGUAAGAGGAUAUGAAGAAGGUGCUAUUGGUACUGGCCGCUCAUAUGCAGUUGGCAGUGGAGAAGUUUCUUGCCGCUUGUUUGGUCCCUUUGAAGGUGUCAUCUUCGGUGACUAUGGGAGUGAUCUUGGCUCUGGUCUAAAUGUUCCUGGGAACCCAGCAGGAGCCCAUGGGAAUCCAGGAAGUGGUUACGGGUAUGGUGUUGGCAUCCGCAUGAACUCACCGCUGGGGCUUCUCAGAGUCGAGUACGCUUUCAACGAUCAACAAGUAGGACGAUUUCACUUUGGGGCUGGCCACAGAAAUUAACCUGUCCGAGGGGCUGUUAUUUAAUCUAGAUGAUCCUCCAUCUGAUCUACUGAGUAUUUGGCGCUCGUAGGAAUGGUGCCAUUUCUUACCAUGCCUUCGCAAUGUCGAUACAAGUUCUUGUCAAGGAAGUUUUAUCUAGCCCACAUUGCCUAGUAGCAUGUAGUAUAGUUUUUCUUCCUUUUCUGUUGUAAACAUAUACUGAAGCUGGUGAAUCGUAGUGACUUAAAAUU